AUGAAGUUCACCCACGGCUACUGGUUCGACCGCGAGCACACCUCCAUCUACAAUGCCGUCGAAGUAUCACACGUCACCGAGCCCCAGCCAGGUCAACUAAGAGCUGUUUGCACGACACGCCAUGUCAGCAACCGCGGCGAUACCCUAAACCGCCCGACCAUCACGUUGAGCAUCUCAGCCCCUUCAUCCGGUAUCAUUGCCUGCUCAGCAUGGCACUUCCGCGGGACCAGGACCAACGAGCCGAGGUUCACCCUUUUUCUGGAGGCCAAGGACAAAGAUCUUGAAGGAAACCAUGGAAAUCUAUCUCACCAGGAAUCCUCCAACACAUCAACCAUAACAAGCGGCGGGAUCCGCGCCGUGCUAAACAAGAACCCCUCCGCCUUCCGCAUCGCGUUUGAGUCAACCGACGACAACAAAACGCUGACCGACGUGGGCUUUGCAUCGCUGCAACACAUCAUCGGCCCUCCGAACCAGGGAAUCCCCAGCCCGCUGGAGGCGUCGACUAAUAUUGCCGACCCGUAUUACCGCGCGCCGGUGUCGAGGAGCAACAAGCCGUAUAUGUCCGUGUCUCUAGGCCUUGAUGUGGGGGAGUAUGUUUACGGGUUGGGGGAAAGGUUUGGACCGUUUGUGAAGAAUGGGCAGGAAAUUGAUUUGUGGAAUGAGGAUGCGGGGACGUGCACUCCUUAUACAUACAAGAACGUCCCGUUUUACAUGACCAACCGCGGAUACGGCAUCUUCUUCGACCACUCGGACUUGCUGUCCUACGAGAUUCAGAACGAAAAGCUGGCCAAGGUGCAGGUGUCGAUCCAGGGCGAGGAGAUCCGGUGGUUUGUGAUUUAUGGGCCGACACCGAAAGAUAUCCUCCGUCGCUACGCCUCCCUAACAGGCCACCCCCCCCUCCCCCCAACCUGGUCCUUCGGCCUCUACCUCUCCACCUCCUUCCUCACCUCCUACGACGAAACCACCGUCACCACCCAACUCACCCGCAUGUCCUCCCACUCCAUUCCCGUUUCCGUCCUCCACUUCGACUGCUUCUGGAUGCGCCCCCACGCCUGGACCAACUUCACCUUCGACCCCCGAUUCUUCCCCGACCCCCGCGCUUUCCUCGACCGCCUCCACACCAACCACAACGUCAAAGUCUGCGUCUGGAUCAACGCUUACAUCGCGCAGGACUCGGAAGUCUUCGACCAUGCCGCCCAAAACAACUACCUCAUCCGCCGCGCAUCGGAUAGCUCCAUCUGGCAAAGCGAUAUCUGGCAGGCCGGCAUGGGUAUCGUCGACUUCACCAACCCGGCUGCGUACGCCUGGUACCAAGCCCAGCUUGAAACCCUCCUCGAUAUCGGGGUGGAUACAUUCAAAACCGAUUUCGGCGAGCGCAUUCCCUGGGAAGAUGUCCAGUUUCACAACGGCAUGGAUCCCCGCGCCGGACAUAACUAUUACUCGCUCCUCUACAACCGCGCCGUCUACGACACCAUCGCGCGGAAACGCGGCCCCUCCCAAGCCGCCGUCUUUGCGCGCGCAGCUACCGCCGGCGGGCAAACAAUGCCCGUCCACUGGGGCGGGGACUGUGAAUCCACCUGGGCCGGCAUGGCGCAGACGCUUCGCGGGGGCUUGUCGCUAGGGUUAAGCGGCUUCGCCUUCUGGUCGCAUGACAUAGCCGGGUUUAUGAGCGAGGGAUUAUCCGGGGAUAUCCCCGACGCAGCGCUUUACAAGCGGUGGGUGCAAUUCGGGCUGUUGUCGUCGCAUUCGCGGUUGCAUGGGUCGCAUACGUAUCGGGUGCCGUGGCUGGUGGAUGAGGAGGCGGUGGGGGUGUUGGGGAAGUUUGUGCGGUUGAAGAAUAUGUUGAUGCCGUAUGUGUAUGCGCAGGCGGUGGAGUGUUGCCGGGGAGGGUUGCCGUUGGUGAGGGCGAUGGUGGUGGAGUUUCCCGGGGAUAGGGUUUGUCAGACGUUGGAUAUGCAGUAUAUGUUUGGGGAUAGUUUGUUGGUGGCGCCGGUGUUUGAUGGCGAGGGGGUGUGUGAGUAUUAUGUGCCGGCGGGGACGUGGAUGGGGUUGUUGGAUGGGAAGAAGCGGAUUGGGCCGGCGUGGGUUAAGGAGACGUUUAAUAGUUUUCAUUUGCCGUUGUUGUUGAGGGAGGAUCGGGCGUUGUUGGUGGGGACGAGUGACCGGCCGGACUAUGACUGGGCGGCUAGCUUGACCAAGGUUGUCGUUGGUAGUGUUUCCGGGAAGGGAGUGAUUGAGGCCCCGGUUCCUAGUGCCAACGAGCUUGGGCAGUUCUGCGGCUCUGUGAGAGUUUCUGUUGGCCCAGGAGACGACAAGUCAUCCUUUAGCGUCGAGCGAGACGGGGACAGCCAGGUCCCCCAGCUCUUGGUGCUGGGAGAAGGCUCUCACCUCUGA